AUGGGACCACCAGGAAUACCACCUCAUUUCCCUCCUAUGGGGAUGCCCCCGAUGGGGCAACGACCGCCCAACAUGACGGCCAUGACACCUGGCAUUAUUCCCCCUGGUUUACUGCCAUCCAUGUCAGCGCCUGCUAUGGGACAGAUGCAAGGUAUGAUGCCACCCAUGAUGGGGAUGAUGCUGCCUCCUCGCCUGCCAGCUGCGACCGUGCAGCCGACCGGGCCGCCUGGUGUUGAAACCCCAGCUGCACCUGGAACUACUAGUACGACAAAUGGAUCUGCACAGGAAGAACAGCCUAAGAAGAAAUCUCUGUGGACUGAACACAAAUCACUGGAUGGAAAAACCUAUUACUACAACACAGAGACCAAGCAGUCCACAUGGGAAAAACCAGAGGAUCUUAAGUCUCCCGCAGAACAAUUGCUGUCUAAAUGUCCUUGGAAAGAAUAUAAGUCAGACGCAGGGAAGCCGUACUACUACAACUCUCAGACAAAGGAGUCCAGAUGGACCAAGCCCAAAGAACUGGAGGAUCUGGAAGCCAUGAUCAAAGCUGAAGAGAAUGGAACGGCAGAAGUAAUUGCUCCGAGCGUCACUGCCGAACCCGCGCAGCAAGUUGAAAGCCUGCAGGCAUCCACGGCCCCUGCGAAGGAAGCGGAGGCAGUGGAAGUGGUGCCUGAGGCACAAACUUCCCAGGCUGCUGAAGUCAAGACCGCCGACGUGCCCUUGGCUUCGUCGGCUAGUGGCUUCCCCGCCUCCGAUUCAGCGGCCAGUGUUGAAGUCAAGAAGGAAGAGCUGCGUCCUGAAAUACAGAAGAAGGUUUUCAAAUGGAACACGAAGGAGGAGGCCAAGCAGGCCUUCAAAGAGCUGCUGAAGGAGAAGGGCGUGUCCUCCAACUCUUCGUGGGAACAGGCUAUGAAAUUGAUCAUCAAUGAUCCUCGCUACAGCGCUCUCCCCAAGCUUAGCGAGAAGAAGCAGGCAUUCAACGCCUACAAGGUCCAAACGGAAAAGGAAGAAAAGGAGGAGGCCAGAAUUAAAUACAAGGAGUCCAAAGAAACUUUCCAAAGGUUCCUGGAGAACCAUGAGAAGAUGACUUCCACCACCAAAUACAAGAAAGCAGAGCAGAUGUUCAACGACCAGGAAGUGUGGAGCUGUGUUCCCGAGAGGGACAGACAGGAGAUCUAUGAAGAUGUCAUCUUCUACCUGGCAAAGAAGGAGAAGGAACAAGCCAAGCAACUGAGGAAGAGGAACUGGGAAGCCCUGAAGAACAUUCUGGACAACAUGGCCAACGUCACCUACCGCACCACCUGGUCCGAAGCCCAGCAGUACUUACUCGACAAUCCGACAUUUGCAGAAGAUGAAGAACUGCAAAACAUGGACAAAGAGGACGCUCUUAUUUGCUUUGAGGAGCAUAUCCGCGCACUGGAGAAGGAGGAAGAGGAGGAGAAGCAGAAGACCCUUCUUAGGGAGAGGAGGCGACAGCGCAAGAACAGAGAGUCCUUCCAGAAAUUUCUAGAUGAGCUCCAUGACCACGGCCAGCUUCAUUCUAUGUCGGCAUGGAUGGAGAUGUACCCCACUUUGAGUUCCGACAUUCGCUUUGCCAACAUGCUGGGCCAGCCAGGUUCCACUCCUCUGGACCUUUUCAAAUUCUACGUGGAAGACUUGAAGGCGCGUUACCAUGACGAGAAGAGAAUUAUUAAAGACAUCAUGAAAGACAAGAGCUUCCUGGUGGAAGUCAACACCACCUUCGACGACUUCGGAUCGGUGAUCAGCUCAGACAAGAGAGCUACAACACUUGAUGCUGGGAACAUUAAGUUGGCCUUCAACAGCUUGCUGGAGAAAGCUGAAGCAAGGGAGCGCGAGCGUGAGAAGGAGGAGGCAAGGAAGAUGAAGAGAAAAGAGGCUGCAUUUAAGGCCAUGCUGAAGCAGGCCACGCCCGCACUGGAGCCGGACGACUCUUGGGAGGCCGUGAGGGAAAGGUUCCUGAAGGAGGCCGCCUUUGAAGAUGUCACACUGGAGUCAGAGAGGAAGAGAAUCUUCAAAGAUUUCAUGCAUGUCUUGGAGCACGAGUGCCAGCAUCACCACUCCAAGGCCAAGAAGCACUCCAAGAAGUCGAAGAAGCACCACAGGAAGCGAUCCCGCUCUCGAUCGGGUUCGGAAUCUGAAGAGGAGGAAUACCACAAGAAGAAAAAGCGCUCUGCUUCCAAAACGCCGUCCGAGCGCUCGUCCAGUGCCGAGUCAGAGAGAAGCUACAAGAAGUCCAAGAAGCACAAGAAGAAGGCUAAGAAGAGACGACACAAGUCUGGCUCGCCCGACUCUGAUGCGGCUGAAAAGAAAGCAAGAGGAGACAGCAAGAGGGACAGAGAAAACGACAAGGACAAGGAUGGCGGCGACAAGGCCCGAGCCAAGUCGCACUCGGACGCCAAACACAAAUCGCCCAAACGCAAAUCCGCCAAGGAGGAGGGCGGCUGGGACACGUCAGGAAGUGAACUGAGCGAAGGCGAGCUGGAAAAACGAAGAAGAACUUUACUGGAGCAGCUGGAUGCACCUUGA